CUUUGGUUUCUGCAGUUCAGACAGUGUCUCGGACAGUGUCUGUGCUCUCUGAUACAGCUACUACAGUGUCUUCUCUAUUAGCUGUUAGAGCUCCCUCCCUUUUCUGUCUACUACAGAGUAGCUGCGGCCAUGUCUAGACAAGCUGCUGUUCCUUCUAGUUGCACCAAUAAAGUGAUUAUCAAGCCUGCUCGCCUUGCUCCUGUUUUCACUCGCGGCCAUGUCUAUCAACGAGUAUUGAGCAUUUUGAGAAAAGGCAACUCAGAUCACUCUGAACCAAAGCAGGAAGAGAAGAGAUUCAGUUCUUGUUCGUUAACUAAUCCAGCUAACGUGCCAGCAAUGUCAUCAUCAUCCAACUGGGAUACUGUCCCUAUAAACAUGCUAACUAAUUCGUCUGUGAGAAACCAGACCGUUGCAUUAUUCCAGCAACCCAUCCCAGCUACAUGUCUAUCCACACCAGCACAGCAGCAAGAAAAGGUCUGUACUCCCAAGCUUGAUGGGACAGCUGAGCGACACCUGUCAGCUCUUACUGAUGGCUUGAGAGAUAAUGAAAUAACAAUGCUUCUCUCCUGUGGAAGCACUAGUGGUCCAACAGACCGUACUUCAGUGCCUGAGGGACUGUUGAUAGGAGGAGUAACAAGUUCCAUGACCAUUAGUGAAAGUGCAAUCAAGGAUAGACUGGAAACUAUUAAAAAGAUAUAUUGCUACGAUGCUCAUCGCAUUCUCAACUACUUAUACAAUAAAUAUCAAUUAUCACUGAUAGAUAAAGCUGAUUCUUGCCUCUUAAUGGACGUCAAGAUUGCUGGGUACUUGUUAUCGCCUGAAGAUCCUCCUAAUUCACUAGAAACACUAAUGCAACGUUAUGGAACUGACGUAGUUGCUAACAGAGCAAAAUCAAAUAUCAAUGUCCAAGACCUUUCUAUACUUGCUGAUUGCCUUGGAAGCAAGUUAAAAGAAUAUUCACUAACUUGUGUCUUUGACAUUGAGAUGAAAGUUGCCCCAAUACUAGCAGGUAUGGAAUAUUAUGGUGUGUUAGUUAAUACUUCUCAGCUGGUUACUUAUUUGGAUGAUUUAAAGUCUGUCAUUAAGUCAUUAGAGGUCGAGGCACGAGACACAGUUGGGCACACCUUUUCACUAACCAGCACUUCUCAGCUAAGAGAAGUGUUAUUUACUGAGCUGUGUCUGGAUAGGAUGUGUACUCAGUCACUUCAGGUGACAUCAGUCAAUAAAGUCACCUCAACUUCAGAGGCUGUGUUGGUACAACUUUCAGAGUUCCACCCUUUACCUGGUAUAGUACUACAGUACAGGCAGUGUUUAAAGGUUAAAGGUUUUGUUGAGAGCUUAUUGUCGCAUACAAGUCCUGCUGGAUCAUUAAACCCCAAGUGGCUCUCAGACAGAACAGUCACUGGGCGGUUGGCAUGCAGUAGUCCUAAUAUGCAGGCAUUUCCUAAACACUCGUAUUCUUAUGAAUUACCUGGAAUAUUAAGACCAAGAGUAGUAUCUCUUGACAUUAGAAGUACAAUCAUCAGUAGGCCUGGUACCAGUUUCAUUACACUUGAUUUCAAGAGUAUUGAGUUGCGACUCUUAGCUCAUUUCUCUAAAGAUGAAUCCCUAGCAUCCAUCAUUGCUGCUGAUGCUUCAAUUGAUGUGUUUGUUUCCCUCGCGUCUCAAUGGCUAAGACUGAGUCCUGAUAGGGUGACUGGGAAGGAAAGAGAGCGUGUGAAGAGAGUUGUGUAUGCCAUCAUUUAUGGAGUAGGGAAAGAGAAACUGGCCGAGCUAAUACAAUCUACGCCCUCUUCUGCACAAGAGCUAGUGAAAUCAUUCCUUCGCACCUAUCCUGGGAUUAGUAACUUUAUGCAGAAAACACUGGACUACUGCAGAAGUAACAAGUUUUGUGUUAGUCUUUGUGGCCGAAAGAGAUGGUUCCCUUUAAUAUGUUCCACUGACUAUCAGACUAAGACAUCAUUAGAAAGACAAGCAAUAAACUUUGUGAUACAAGGUUCUGCUGCUGAUGUUUGUAAAAUUUCAAUGAUAAGAAUUAACAACGCACUUUCUAAGACUAGCCCAUCAGCAAAACUUUUGCUUCAGAUUCAUGAUGAAUUGUUGUAUGAAGUACCCAAUGAGGAUGUCCCUGUCGUUACUGAUUUAUUAAAACAAGUUGCAGAGUCACCUAAUCUCCUUAAAGGAUACUGUCAGCCAUUAAUAGUACCACUGGCUGUAAGGAUUAGCAUCGGAAAGAACUGGUCAUAAUCUUAAAACAUGCAUCCUGUAGUUGUAUUUAUUGUACAUAUGAUUUUAUGAGAUUUUAUCACUGCCAAAGCUAUAAUAUUACAAUUUAAAAGUA